AUGGUUUUGAUAAAUAAAAUAAGAUUAGUAAUAAUAAAAAAGGAAAGGUAUUCUAAACAUUAAGAGUAUAAAUAUAAUAAUAUAAAAAUUUUAAUUUGUGGAUAAAAAAAGUUGAGGAUUAUUGAUUAAUUUUUACUUAGUAUUGUUUAAUAAUUAAUUGGAUCAAAUAGUAAGGAUAGUAAAUUAUUAAUGAAAUUAGAUUAUAAUAGAGAGAAAGAGAAGUUGAUUGAGAACAAUUCAAGUAUCCACAAAAUAAAAUAUUAAUAUAGUAAGAAAGUAAGGAGGAGAUUGGAUUAAUGAGUUAUAAAAUAUAAAUAUUGAAAAUAAUAUCUAUUAAUGCAACGAAAUAAUCAAUUCCUUAUAACAAUAGCUAGCAUCUUAGAUGAAAUAAUAAAAGAGACUGAUACUCUAGAAAUAGAGUAAGAUUCAAUAUCUUGUUUUCAUGCAACUAAAGUACCAUCAAUAACUUUGUAUAAUUACUUAUAAAGAAUUGCUAAAUAUACACAUUGUAGUGAAGAAUGUUUUAUUAUUGCUUUAAUUUAUUUGGAUAAGUUAUAAGAGAAACAUCCUUAACUAGUACUUAAUUCAAAAUGCAUUCAUAGGUAUCAUUUUUAAUUUAUUAGAUUUUUAUUCAUUUCUCUUUUGAUUGCUAUAAAAUUUUAAGAUGAUGAUUAUUACAAAAAUGAAUAUUAUGCAAAAGUUGGAGGAAUUAGCGUAAAAGAAAUUUUUAUUCUUGAGUAAACAUUUUUAGAAUUAAUGGAUUUUAAAUUGUUUAUUGAGGAAAAUAACUAUUUUAUGUAUGAAAAGAAAUUACUUGAAUUUGGAGAAAUAGAAAUGUCUUGA